CAUGCACACAGAGACACACGCAGAGAGACACGCGUGGUGUAACCCCUCCUUCUGCUGCUGCUGCUAAACUAUAUAAAUCACCUCUGUCGGAGUUUUGGAACCAAGGUGCAGCGACCUGCAGAGUGAAAACAGACCGAAGACGACAGAAACUAGACACCUCUGCUCCUGUGACAGACCACCUGUGGCUCCCACUUCCACCCUAAACUCCAAAGUUUUCUCAAAAUGGCCGUGAUGCUGAAGCCGUGGACGGUGCUGGUGGCCAUGGUGCUCUGCGUCCUGGUCUGCCUGGGAACGCUGGCAGACGCCUACCCCCCGAAACCCGAGAACCCCGGAGAGGACGCUGCACCCGAGGAGCUGGCCAAGUACUACACGGCGCUGAGACACUACAUCAAUCUGAUCACCAGGCAGAGGUAUGGAAAGCGCUCAGCUCAGGAGGAUGUGGUUGCAGAGUUGCUGUUUGGCGGUGACGGCAACAGAGACCAGCGAUCAAGAUACGAUGACUCCUUCAUGUGGUGACUUUGCCGCACUCCCCCUCAUCCGGCUGCUUCCCAGGAUGCACCUGGAGGGGGCUAGCUCUCACGUCUGACCCCAGUCGAUGUCCAUCUCUGACCGGAACACGAGUCCCCUCUGUCUCUCUCGUCAAUGUCUCCCUAUCUCUGUCACUGCAGCGAAACUGUACAUAAUUUAUUAUUGAAUUAAAAAACAUAUAUAUUAUGAGAUCAGAGCUACUAAUCAGAAGGUGGAACUGUCUGUUUGUCUGUUUGUUUGUUUGUGUGUGAGCGUGAGCGUUAUUGUCCAUCACCUGUUUAGACAAGGAAAUGUUCGUGUUCAGAAUACACAAAUAAAAAUGUUUUCUGUGAGGUUAA